UUUGACGCAAGGAUGUCCAAUCCUCAUCAGACUUCACGCCACCGUCCGAGCGUCUCUGGCCUGUCUCUCACACCCUCGACUCAAUGCCAACAUUACCAUUCCCCGCUCGAUAUCAUAGCCAUCCAACAUUUCUGCUGUCGCAAAUUCUACGCCUGCGCAAAAUGUCACGAAACUCUGGAGACGCAUCACCCGGAGGUUUGGCCACGCGACCAGAGAGAGGCAAAGGCGGUCCUGUGUGGUAAAUGCGGCCGCGUACUUGGAGUGAAUGAGUACAUGGCAUGUGGGAGCCAGUGCCCCGGCUGUGGUGAAGGAUUUAAUCCAGCGUGUAAAGGCCAUUGGUCAUUGUAUUUUGAGAUGGGAGAUGAUGGGGACAAAUAA